AUGGCGUCGCUCAAGAGUUUCAUUCGAUCGGUGAGGGCGGCGAAGACGAUUGCCGACGAGCGCGCUGUAGUGCAAAAGGAGAGUGCAGCGAUUCGUGCUUCUUUUCGCGAAGAGCAUCACAAUGCGGAUGCGCGAAGGAACAACGUGGCCAAGCUGCUCUAUCUCUUUACUCUCGGUGAAAGGACGCACUUCGGGCAGAUAGAGUGUCUGAAGCUGCUCGCCUCACCGCGCUUUGCCGACAAGCGGCUAGGCUACUUGGGCACCAUGUUGCUCCUCGACGAGAACCAGGAGGUGCUCACGCUCGUCACGAACAGCCUGAAGAACGAUUUGAACCACAACAACCAGUACAUCGUCGGCUUGGCGUUAUGUACACUGGGCAACAUUGCAGGCGUGGAGAUGAGUAGGGAUCUGUUUCCGGAGGUAGAGACCAUCAUGGCCAGCUCGAACCCAUACAUUCGCCGGAAAGCGGCGUUAUGUGCAAUGAGGAUUUGCAGGAAAGUGCCGGACCUGCAGGAACACUUCAUCGACAAGGCAAAACUCAUCCUGAACGAUCGGAAUCAUGGCGUGCUGCUUAGCGGCCUGACUUUGGUGAUUAGCAUGUGCGAAGCAGACGAGGAGGAAGGUGGAGAGCAAGGCAUGGUGGAGAUGUUUAGGCCCUUAACUGGAAGUCUCGUCAAGGUGCUCAAGGGUCUAUCUCAGUCGGGUUAUGCACCUGAGCACGACGUGACAGGCAUUACCGACCCUUUCCUCCAAGUCAAGAUUCUGCAGUUAUUGAGAGUGCUUGGACGCGGCGACGCUCAGACGAGUGAGCAGAUAAACGACAUCUUGGCGCAGGUGGCGACUAAUACAGAGUCGUCGAAGAACGUUGGCAACGCCAUUCUGUACGAGGCGGUGCUUACCAUCCUCGACAUCGAAGCAGAUUCUGGCUUACGAGUGCUCGGCGUCAACAUUCUCGGCAAAUUUCUCAGCAACAAGGAUAACAACAUUCGAUAUGUUGCACUGAACACGCUCAUCAAAGUCGUCGCCAUCGAGCCAAAUGCGGUGCAACGACAUCGGAACACUAUUCUCGACUGCUUGCGCGACCCUGAUAUCAGUAUACGACGGCGAGCACUUGAUCUGAGCUUCACGUUGAUUAAUGAAACAAACGUUCGUGUGCUCAUCAGAGAACUUCUUGCGUUUCUGGAGGUCGCAGAUACCGAGUUUAAGCCCAUCAUGACCAGUCAGAUCGGCAUAGCAGCGGACCGGUUCGCACCCAACAAACGGUGGCAUGUCGACACGAUGCUGAGAGUGCUCAAGCUCGCAGGCAACUUCGUUCGAGAACAGAUACUAUCAUCUUUCGUGCGAUUGAUCGCCACCACUCCUGAGCUUCAGACUUACUGUGCGCAGAAGCUGUAUGCAUCCCUGCGCGAAGACAUCAGCCAAGAAGGACUGAAUCUAGCUGGUGCUUGGGUCAUUGGAGAAUACGGCGAUGCGCUACUGCGUGGUGGCUCUUACGAAGAGGAAGAGCUCGUUCACGAGGUAAAGGAAAGCGAGAUUGUGGACCUGUUCACGGCCAUUCUAAACUCCAGCUAUGCCGGGCAGAUGGUCACAGAGUACAUAAUUACUUCCGCCAUGAAGCUCACCACCCGAUUGCAGGAUCCAGCACAAGUCGAUCGAUUACGGCGCCUACUGCUCAACCACCAGACUGACCUCGAUGUAGAAGUUCAACAGCGCUCUGUUGAGUACGGAAACCUUUUCAGCUACGAUGCAGUAAGAAAAGGCGUGCUGGAACGGAUGCCACCUCCUGAGAUCCGGGAGGAGCAGAGAGUGCUUGGUGAAGCGACGAAGAAGCGGCAGAGUCGAGUGCCAGCGAAGAAGAAAGUAAGCCAGAUUACCGAGCAGGAUCUGCUCGAUCUGGUCAGCGGCGACUCCGCCGUACCCGCAAUAGACGCAAGCGCAACGAUGAAUGGGACCCAGCAUAAUGCUGACCUUCUUGCGGACAUACUUGGAGGCACUAGCGUGAGUUCACCGGUGCAGCAAACUAGGAGGAUGGCGAAUGGACAGUCGAAGCCGCAAAACGAUGCCAGCUCAAUCAUGGAUCUCUUCGACUCACAGCCAUCAUCGACCUCAGCUGCAGCACCUACACCGGCAUCGCAAGGCUCGAUGGACAUGACUUCCGGAGUCGGCUUCCCGGCAGGGCAGCAGCAGCAUCAAGCGACAGCAGGCCAUAUCGCAUACGCUGAGAACGAUUUACUCCUCACAUUCACUGUUCAGCGAAGCAAUCCACAAGCAAUUGUCGUGCAAGCGCGGUUUCAGAACCAAUCGGCUUUUGAGCGGCUUACAGGGUUGAACUUGCAGGCGGCGGUGCCGAAGACGCAGAAGUUGCAGCUGCAGGCUAUCUCAUCUUCGGAGCUGGAGGGAGGGCAGGAGGCCAGCCAAGGGAUGAGGAUUUCUUCAGUACAAGGGCCUCCUCCAGCUCGACUGCGCCUGCGUUUACGGCUAACGUUCUCGAAGGGCGGCGGUGCUCCUAUAACAGAGCAGGUGGACUGGUCCGAACCGACAUAG